AUGGCGUCUAAAUCAACACCAGGCAUCCUGUACGUGACUAUGCAGCCCAAGGAGGGUCUGCCAGAAGCACAGUUCCACGAUUGGUACCAGAAUGAACACGGUCCUAACCGCCUCCGACUGCCGUUCUGCAAGAAUGGCUUUCGCUACCGUGCCACAGACCUUGAGAAUUCACCUGGAAGUCAGGAGAAGCCGGAGUGGAUGGCCAUCUACGACUUCGACGAGCUCGAGCACCUCACGCGCGAACCGUACUUGAAGCUGCGAUCCGCACCGGUGCAAUCGCAGAGGGAGAGGGACACUAUGAAGCAGAUCUUCGUCGAUCGACGGAACUAUGAUUUGCUUGGGGAAUGGAAAGGUGACGAUUUUCGCGACCUACAAAACGUCGAGAAUGAGGGAGAGAAGAAUGUCAUGAUUGCUGUCAGCUUCCAGCUGCAGGAUGGCAAGGACAAGGAGGAGGAGCUUGAGAAGUGGUAUGUACAGGAGCAUGUACCGUUGCUGCAGAAGGUGCCAGGAUGGAGGAGGACGAGGAGGUUCGUGACGAGCUACUUGGAUCUGGAGAGUGGGCAUAGGAAGGAGAAGGAAUAUCUCGCUCUGCACGAGUAUGCGCCAAAGAAUGGCCUUGGAGGACCAGAGUUCCAGGCUGCUAUAACGACCGAGUGGUGCGACAAGAUCUACAAAUAUGUCGUGAAGGAGAGGAAGAGGAGGGUAUACGACUUGUACUACACAUUCGGUGCCGCCCAAAGAGAUCUAAAGAGCCUGGCAAGUGACGACACUUUCCCCGCAGAAUCAACAGACGCCCUGAUCAAAACCCAUCCCGCAAAAACCACCCCCGAGAAGCGGCCCAUCAUCGAAAGCUUCGUCACGACCCCGGACGGCGUGCAACUCCCAUACCGCCUCGAAGGCUCAACAGACCCCAACGCGCCCCUCCUCGUCCUAAUCAACAGCAUCCUCGUCGACUACGCCAUCUGGGACGACUUCGUCACACACUUCCUCAAACUCACAAACAACAAGUUCCGCAUCCUACGCUACAAUACUCGCGGCCGCAACACCCUCCCCCAAACCGCUACAUCCCCCGUCAACAUCAACCUCCUCACCACCGACCUCCUCACCCUUCUCGACACCCUGCGCGCCAAAACCGCUUCUGUAAUCGGCGUGUCGCUGGGCGGCGCAACGGCGCUGAAUGCCGGUCUCAACUAUCCGUCACGUAUUUCUGCCUUCGUCGCUUGCGACACCAACGCCUUCGCUCCCCCUUCAAAUGCUACUGCGUGGAACGACCGCGUCGCCAUGUGCGAGAAGGAAAACGCCACUUCCCCCUCCGGCGAAGCCAUUGUCGGCCAAGAUCUCGCCGAAGCUACCGUGCGGCGCUGGUUCGUCAAGGAAUCGUACGAGGAUCCGGAGCUGGCGGGUAAGAUCCAGCGGGUCAAGGAUAUGGUUAGUUCGAAUUCGCUGCAGGGAUUCAGGGAGAGUGUGGUUGCGCUGCAUCAGUAUGACAUCCGCGAGAAGAUGGCGGCGUUUGAGGGUAAGGGGGCGUUUUUGGUAGGCGGCGGGGAUGGAGUGCUGCCGAAGACGAUGAGGGAGAAUAUGGCGGAGAAGUUGGGAAAGGGGGUGGAGUUGAAGGUUGUGGAUGGCGCGGGACAUUUGCCGAUGGUGGAGAGGCCGGCAGAGGUUGCGGAGUUUGUAGCAAAGUUUUUGGGAUAG